AUGAUACCAUGCAUUAUCCAAGCCUCAACUGGCACGAUGCAGUUCAUGGCAGUCGAGGUUCUCGAAGGCAAGGGCCAUACUUAUCGCCAUGAUCUUGAGUCAUUCCUUUACGUGGAUGUACAUUCGAUAUGGGAUAUGGAUAAAAAUCGGUUCGAGAAUAUCAUCGCCCAGUUCACGGCAGUAUUCGAAGAGCUAAAGCUGCUGGCUCGAGACCUCCGAAACGUUCUUUUUCCGAUUAAGGAUGCCACCAGUAGCUGGAAACCCUUCUACUCUUUAUCCCACCCGAAUGUUGACGCAGUUAAGGGCCACUAG